UAUACUGGCCCUAGUCCAUUUAAGCGUAAGCCUAUUAUCAAACUUAUGUACACAUGUUUUUUUGAUUGCGAUAUGCACAGAGCUCUGAGCUACAAAGUUCGUUCACAUGUUAUCGUUCCUAACAUCUCUUGUGAUAGAACAUUCUUUCUGGCUAACUCUGAAUAGAUAUAAGAACAAUUCUAUAAUUUGUGUCCAUAUAAGUAUUCACAGAAAGGUCCAUCUAUUCCUUGUUUACUACACGUAUCCAUAAGGCAUAAUGACUUUUAUAAAAUGUUCUCAUCUUUAUGGUCCCGAUUCACUAGUCAACUAGCUAGUAAGAAAAGGAGUAUCGACCCAAUAGAGAUGAUUAGGUUUCAAAGCAUAUUUCUUGCCAUUUUAACAUUUUGAUGUAAUGAUGUGUAAGAAGGGUAUACCAAAUAUAUAGAGACUGUUGUAUAUUGUGGUAUUAGUAUGUUGAUUUUGAAUACUGAUUUGGAUAAUAAGUAAAUUAAAAGGUGGUCCACGAACAAAACAAAGAUCAACUUAUACAAAGAUAACAAACCGUACGUUCACAUGUCUUCCAUCUAUCUAGAUAACUAAACACUUAGUUGUAGAGACGAUGACUGAAAGUUAUCAGGUGCGUGUCUAUAAUGAAUGUUGGUUGUAUUGUAAUGCCAUUAUAUGUGAAGCUAUUACACUCUAAAUCCAUUAACAUACAGAGCUAAGAAUCACACGAAUAUUAAAAUAUGGCUCACCAUCUUGUUAUACUGAGACCAUCCAAUACCAAAUCUUUAAGAACAUAUUCUAACAUUGCCCAUGCACACAUGUUAGGUCAAACAUAUUUUGUCCACUCAAUGUCCGUGCGAUAAUGCCUAUAUAUACACAUAUCACUAGAGUGUACUCAUCAACACAUCAGAAGUAAGAAAAAAACAUAUAACGAGAAACGGUGACAUGAAGAAUGAGAAGUUGUGUGGUAGCCAAGGAUGACUUGCCUGCGUCUUGAACCAUAUAUAUCAGAGACUUGAUCAACAGUCUCUGAGUUGGCUAGUCGUUAGGCAGUCUCUUUGGCUAUUCAGACAAUUCUCUUUCUCCUCAUUUCACAUUUCUUUUUUUCAAAGACCAAACACAUAAAGAGUUGAUACAAUCGAUUUUGUUUGGCCACUAAACUAUUUUCUUUUUGAUUGGUCUUUUAUAUUGAUGUUAUAAGCAUUGAGGCGGACUUUGUCCAUCUAUAAGCAUUGAGGCGGGUCGGGUCUUGAUUCAAGCGUAUUUGGUAAAAGAAGAGAUAAUUUGUUUGGUAACAACCAAAGUUAAUCUCUACACUUUAGCAUUUGAGUUUUGACAUGUAAUCAAUAGUUAGUUGAAAAGGUUAUAAUAUUUGUAAAGUGAAUUUCUCUCUAUUAUUCUCUGCCGCACAACCCAAAUAUCAGCGGUCCAACCCCUAAAAUCGCGUUCUUGAUCGCUGAAAUCAUAUGCGUUUUGUUGAGAUGCUAUUAUUCAAGGUUUGGCAGCUUAACUAACCUCAAUCAUAGUGUGUUUGGUCUAAUCAUGUGUUAUCGUGCUAACAAGUGGACUAUAGAUGUGUAAAUUAUAUGAUUAUGUUGACUAUCAGAUAAGUCAUCGAAAUAGUCAUCUCAUCGAACGGGUGAUACCUCAUAUUAAACUGGUGGAUGCGAGAAAGAAGAAAUGCAUCUACACCGCGAAGCAGAGGAAUAUUAGUUAGCAGCCUUUGUUUCAUCAUCGUCGUUGUCUUGGCAGAGGAGGCCAAAGAAGCUGUCUCUUCCCUCAACCACUUCAAAAGCAUGGAGCUUUGACCCAAAGACCACCGAAUAAAACAUAACACUGUAACAAACUCUUCUCAUUUAGCUUCUCCUCUCUUGAGACCGGCCAUGGCGGGUCGUAGAGACAGAACACAACAGCUCCGUGGAUCUCGAAUCGCGAUCGCCAUCCUCAUCGGUAUCAUCAUCGGCUGCGUAUGCGCACUUAUCUUCCCAAACGGCUUCUUCAACUCCAACUCGUCUCUCACCGUUAACGAACGCGUCCAGGUUGGAUCCUCCUCUUGUGAAUCCUCCAAGACGCUCAAGUCAGACUUCGCAUCUCUCUCAGAGAAGAACAAUGAGUUAAAGAAACAAGUCAGAGAGCUAACUGAGAAGCUACGUUUAGCUGAACAAGGAUCAGACAAUGCAAGAAAACAGGUUCUGUCUUUAGGACCACAGAUAAAGGCUGGACCUUUCGGAACCGUCAAGAGCCUAAGAACAAACCCAACAAUCCUCUCAGACGAAUCUGUAAACCCAAGACUCGCAAAGAUCCUAAAGAGCAUCGCUGUGGAUAAAGAGGUGAUCGUAGCUCUCGCAAACGCCAACGUGAAAGCAAUGCUAGAGGUUCAAAUCGCUAGCGUUAAGAGAUUAGCUAUAAAAAACUACCUCGUGGUCGCAUUGGACGAUUACAUAGAGAGUUUCUGCAAACAAAACGAUGUCGCUUAUUACAAGCGUGAUCCAGACAAGGAACUGGACGCUGUCGGGAAAACCGGAGGCAACCACGCCGUCUCCGGCCUCAAGUUCCGUGUGCUACGAGAGUUUCUCCAGAUAGGCUACGGCGUCCUCCUCUCGGAUGUAGACAUCGUCUUCUUGAAGAAUCCCUUUAGUCAUCUCUACAGAGACUCUGACGUUGAGUCGAUGAGCGAUGGACACGACAACAUGACGGCUUACGGGUUCAACGAUGUCUUUGAUGAGCCAACCAUGGGGUGGGCUAGGUACGCUCACACCAUGAGGAUAUGGGUUUUCAACUCGGGUUUUUUCUAUCUGAGGCCCACGGUUGCUUCCAUCGAGCUGCUGGAUCGGGUUGCGGAGAGGUUAUCCAAGGCGAAGCUGUGGGACCAGGCGGUUUUCAACGAGGAGUUGUUUUAUCCUUCGCGUCCUGAGUACGUUGGGCUGCAUGCUUCGAAGAGGGUGAUGGAUAUGUAUGAGUUUAUGAACAGUAAGGUGCUUUUCAAGACUGUGAGGAAGAACGAGGAGAUGAAGAAGAAGGUGAGGCCGGUGAUUGUUCAUGUGAAUUAUCAUCCGGAUAAGCUUAAUAGAAUGAGAGCAGUGGUUGAGUUUUAUGUGAACGGUAAGCAAGAUGCUCUUGAUAGCUUCCCUGAUGGUUCUGAAUGAGAGUUCACCUGAAUAGCAGUGUAGGGUCAAAAAGUUUCACAGUUUCUUCACAUUUUGUGAUUCUAAUUUUACCUUUUUUUAAUUGUUUCCAUGUUUAAUGCUCAAUGCCUUUUUUGUGUUAUGAGGUUUGUAUCUUAUGGCUAAAAAUAUCAUAUAUGUUUCAUUA